AACCUCUGUGAGGAUACUAUUUGGACCACGCUUUCUGAGCUUCACAUUUUAGUGGCACGGCAUAGCUAAAGUUUCUAUCGCGCACAUAUUUAUUUGUGGAUCCAAAUUGUUAUUGUUGUGGUUCAAGUUGAACAAUUAAUCAAGAAUAGCUUCUUCACCUCUCAUCGAUCUCAUUAUCUCCAGUCAAUACUUGUUGAUAAUCUUCUUUAAUACGCUUCAUCUGUUUUAAGUCCUAAGUGUUGGAGAAGAAACGUAUUCAUAUUAAAUAUAUAGAUGUCAUAAAGACAAGUACGAGAGAGUCAUCACCAGCGUAAGAACAGUACUAAGAGAUACAAAGGAGUUUUUCAUAAUCGUGGACUUUUAUAAGGAUCGGCAUUGAGCCCCCACUUUCUUACCAUAGUUAUGGUUGAGCUAACCAACACAGUACGUACAAGAAUGGUUCCAACCUAUUGUAUGUAUACAUAUUGUUUUUCAAAAGUUUUGACUAGAUCAUACAUACCCAUAAAGGAGUCCAUGUAACAGACAUAGCAAGCUGGCCUUGCUCAGGUUCUUUAGCAAUGAAUGGCUUAUUAGGUUCAACAUUUUAAGGCUCCUCAGGGUUGCUCCGUAUUAUGCUCAAUACAUGGCCAAUGUAAGUACUUGGAUCUAUUGUGUUCUUUUUAUAUUAAAUCAUCACCAUUAGGUUGUGAGCCUAAGGUGUGGGGGGUUUGGGAUCUAUUGUGUCAUUAACAUUUGACAGUCACUGUCAUCUGUUGUGUCGUUAACCUUUGACAGUCAUUGUCUUAACGGAAAUGAUAUGAGGAAGCUAGCUGUUAGAGGCUGAAAAAGGUGGCUUCUUGAACUCAAAGGGUGACAAUUUUCUUCAUUUUCAGCAAGAAAUGGCUAUAUAGACAGAGCUAUAUAGUGGGGUGUCAGUAAAUUAGUCAAAGAUACAUCCAAUUGGUUCUCAGAGCUUAGGGGGGAACAAAGUCAAACUGGUUGAAUCUGAAGCGGGGUUUGAUCAAUCUUGGAUUAUAAUGGAAAAUACAAGAGCAUCAGCUCAAGGACCAACAUCACCAGCUGAGGAGCUGCUAAGGAAGAUCCAAGAACUGGAGGCAGGGAAUCCCCAAUUGAAGCAGGAGAUGUUUAAGCUCAUGAUUUCCGAUGAUCACAGAUCACAGAGACAAAGGUCUCAUUCCAUCUCCCCACAAAAGCUACCUCGUUUUAAGGCUGGCGGUGGCUUUGAUGGCGGUUCUCUGGAUGUGUGGAAAAGGGGGUCAACUUAUUUCCGUCAUUCGUCACCAUUGCAAAGAGAGAGUAGUAGUAAGGGUGAUGGAGACAGGAGUAUUGGUGGAGGAGGCCCUGCUGCAGUGAAAUUUAUUGAUAGACAGUAUUUGAAUAUAUUACAGUCAAUGGGACAAGCAGUUCAUAUACAUGAUCUCAAUGGUCAUAUAAUUUACUGGAAUCGAAUUGCUGAAAACCUAUAUGGUUAUUCUGCUGCAGAAGCUCUUGGACGAGAUCCUAUUGAGCUCCUAACAGAUGUUCGGGAUUAUGCUGCUGCUACUAACAUUCUACACCGACUGAAAAGGGGUGAGAGUUGGACUGGACAGUUUCCAGUUAAGAACAAGCGAGGGGAUAGAUUUGUCAUAGUAGCUACUAAUACCCCAUUUUAUGAUGAUGGUGGUACUUUGGUCGGUGUUAUUUGUGUAUCGGGUGAUGUGAGACAUUUCCAAGAAACAGGGCUUGCAUCGAGGGGAGUGAAGCAGUUGGAAACUGAUACAAGAUUUAGAGCCACCACCCUUGCUUCUUCAAAACUUGGAGUUGAUCCCCAGCAGCCCCUGCAAGUUGCCAUUGCCUCCAAAAUAGCUAAUUUGGCCUCAAAGGUGAGCAACAAGGUUAGGUCAAAAAUAAAGAUAGGAGAGAGCAGCGUGCUUCACGAAGGUGGAAGUGGAGAUAGUCAGUAUUCUGACCUUGCAUUUUCUGAUGCUGCUCUCUCAGAUCACAGGGAGGAUGCAAAUUCAAUUAGAGCGAGUAUGCCUAGGGGAGAUGUUCACCCUUCUCCCUUUGGAUUAUUCGCUAAUCUUGCAAAAGAGGAGCAUUCCAUGGAGAAACGCUCAAGAGAUUCUUGGGACGAGAGUGAGGGAAAACAAGGGAUUUAUAAGAUUAUCACUUCGAAGGCAGAUGAAUGGAUAGCAAGGAAGAGCUUACCGUGGCCAUGGAAAGGCAACGAGCGAGGUGCCUCGGAGGCAAGGGCUACACGAUUUUUAUGGCCUUGGCUAAACAAUGACCAAGACAAUGAGUUUAAUCACAAUAACAGUUAUAAUGAAUUAAAACCAGACAAUCAGCUUAUUGAUACUAACUGGUCAACCACCAAUGAAGCUUCGGGAUCCUGGUCUUCGUCAGUUAAUGCCAACAGCACAAGCAGUUCUAGUAGCUGUGGAAGUACCAGCAGUAGUACUAUUAACAAGGUGGACGCAGAUACUGACUCCUUGGAUUACGAAAUCUUGUGGGAGGACUUAAUAAUUGGAGAAAAUAUUGGAGAAGGUUCUUGUGGAACUGUUUAUCAUGGGAUGUGGUAUGGAUCAGAUGUUGCUGUUAAAGUAUUUUCCAAGCAAGAAUAUUCUGAUGAAGUGAUAUAUUCUUUCAAACAGGAGGUGUCCCUAAUGAAACGACUUCGACAUCCAAAUAUUCUUCUUUUCAUGGGUGUAAUAACUUCACCUCAACGCCUUUGCAUUGUCACAGAGUUCCUCCCACGGGGAAGUUUGUUCAUGCUAUUACGGAGGAAUUCAUCCAAAUUAGAAUGGAUACGACGAAUCCGCAUGGCUUUAGACAUAGCUCGUGGCAUGAAUUAUCUUCAUCUUUUUAGCCCACCUAUAGUUCAUCGAGACUUGAAGUCAUCAAAUCUUCUUGUGGACAAGAACUGGACUGUUAAGGUUGGGGACUUUGGUCUGUCACGUCUUAAGCAUGAAACGUAUCUAGUAACAAAGACGGGUAAAGGAACGCCUCAAUGGAUGGCUCCCGAAGUUUUUCGCGGUGAACCUUCAAAUGAGAAGUCUGAUAUAUACAGUUUCGGAGUUAUACUAUGGGAACUCGCCACUGAAAAGAUACCUUGGGAGAACCUCAACUCAAUGCAGGUGAUUGCAGCUGUAGGAUUCAUGAAUCAGCGGCUAGAUAUCCCAAAGGAUGUUCAUCCACAGUGGGCUUCUAUUAUUGAGAGCUGUUGGCAUAGGAAUGGCAACCCGGUAAUGUCUUUCGUGGCUCUACACUUUCUGAUCAUGUUUUGCGCUUCAAUAAUAUCCCACAGGAUCAAGAGAGGUGACAGCAGAGAUAAGAAAGUGGAACUACUACUGCAGCAUUAUGCAAGGGAAAAUUUCCCUUUGUUAAGUACAUGGAAUACACGAUUCAGGUUGCCACUUAUACUCUCUCAAAGGCAAACAACCUAGUCCUCAAUGUUGAUGCAAAAUUGGGUCCCUCUUCUUGGAUCUCCUUCCUGGCAGUGGAACGUUCUGUAAGCCAGAAAUUGAUGAUAUGGUAGAUAUCGGUUACCUGAAUAGGCUGUUUGUGCUGUCACGUUCUAUGGGUCAAGCAUGCCAAG